GAACCCUCAAAUCGCGAGGGUUUUCGGGUUUCCCUCUCGAUCUCGCUUCUCUUGUUCCCCAUUUGCUCUCGCUCUCGAUCUUGAUCUCUUUCUCUCAUGGAGUCAGGGGCGUACGAGAGUGGCGGGACGGGCGGGAAGCUCCGCAAGCGCACCCUGCGCCGCGCUACCGCCCCCACGCCCUAUGACCGCCCUCCCGCCGCUGCCCGUGGUGGUCUCGGGGGAAUAAAGAAUGGGUGGCUCUCGAGGCUUGUCGACCCCGCUUCGCGGAUCAUCACUGGCGGUGCGUCCAAGCUCUUCUCCUCCGUCAUCCGCAAGGCCCUUCCCGCGCCCCCCGCUCUUCCCGCUCCGCCGCCGCCGUCAGAUGAAAAUCUUCAGUUGAUUGACGAAGAUCCCCAAGAUGUUUGUUUGAAGUCAUUAUCUGAAGUCCAGGAAAAGGGAAAGGGGGAUGGCAAAGAACUCAUUAGCAAUUCUGAAUCUGUUGGAGUUUCUGAGCUUGAACAACUAAUGAAGCAGAAAACAUUUACGAGGGCCGAGUUCAACUAUUUAACAGAAUUGCUUCGGACAAGAACAAUUGAGUCAAUGAGGACAGAGCCAAUGGAUGAUAAUAGGGAAGUUUCAAAUGCAGAAAAAGACAAGGGAACUGGGCAAACCAUUUUUAAUGGGAAUACGACACCUUCCAAAGGAGGUUUAAUUAUCCCCAAGGAGGAAGCUUCACCAGCCGAAAUUGCAAAAGCAUAUAUGGGUUCUAGACCCUCAAAAUUACCAUCUUUAAGGUAUAGUUCACAAAGUCAUGUGUCCAGAGAGGAUGCCACUUCACCAAACGGCGUUCCAUUUGCAGUGAAACCACCUGAUCUUUCAGUUGCACCAAGGUCUAUUGUUCCCUUUCCUAGAGUACCCGAACAAACUGAAAAUGGCUAUUUCACUCCUAGAUCUCUGGGCAGAUCAGCAAUUUAUAGAAUGUCCCGUUCUCCAUAUUUUAAAGUUCAGACAGCAGCUAAUGUCAAGGGUGGCACGCCUGCUGGAGAAUCCUCAACAUCAUCCCAGUGGAUCACAACAACAAAUCUCAUGCGUUCUGGUAGUAAACAGGCUCUGAAACGUGGUAGUUCAGUUUUGGACAGUGAUUUUGGAUCUUUUGGUCCGAUACGUAGGAUUCGUCAAAAAUCUAACUUAAUGUCCCCUCUGAAGGACAUACGCAAAUCACUUCCGGAAAACCUUUUGCCCAGUGCUUUCACUCCACUCAGCAAGGAUGCAAUUCCUGCGUCCGUGUCUUCUAUUCAAAAGCAUCUCCGAUUCAAUGUGCCUAGACAUGGGUCUGGACACUCAGUGGAUGUGGAACAUGAUGAUAUUAGGAGCUCUGAUGAUGGUGUUCCUCCUAUUCCUCAUCAGUCUGGUGAAAUGGCAAGAAAAAUAUUGCAGCAACUUGAUAAACUAGUACCUUCUCCUAAAGAAAAAGCAUCUGAACUCAAAGCUACUACUAGGGAUGAAUCACCUUCAAAGCUAACACUUGAUAUGCUGCAUGGGCGGGCUCUUAGAAGCAUUGAACAUAUAGGUCCUGCUAAUUUUGUGAAUACCCGAUCCAGUGCUAGCGUGGAUGCCACUAAUGAUUCAGAUCCUCAAAGACUGCCUCAAAAGCAAGAAAUCCAAGGGAACGGGCCGUCAAAAUCUGUUGUUUCCAAUGGCAUGACAUCUGGGUCGGACAGCAAAUUUUGUGCAGUCACCCCUGCUACAGAUGCCAAAUCUGAUAAGAGAGUUCCAGAUGUUGCCCUUAUGGAAUCUUCAACCAUCCCAUUGCACAAAAAGCCAGCAUUUAAAAUUAGUGCGCCUGAGGAUUCUCUUGAAAUGGAGGAGGAUAAUGAUGAUUUUGCCAUUGCUGCUGCUCCUGGUUCAGCAGCCAAUGGGAAAGAUAAGCAGGACCUGAAGUCAGAUCGCAUUUCUGAAACACAAACCUCAGAGAAACUUGUGGCUUCCUUACCCCAAAGCAUGCAUCCUACCCUUACUAAAAUAUCUGGGGAGUUUGAUGGGAAAAGUACAGAUCGACCUGCCGCUUUUUCAUUUCCUCUAACAUCUGUUUCCAGUACAAUUGUUCAGCCUCCAACACCAACUAUGCCAGCUCCAAAACCUGAAAUUUCAGCUCUGACAAAAGAAGAAACUUUGACGCCUGUUUUUAAUUCUGGCUCCAAGGAUGCACCCACGGCUAUUUUUUCACUAAACACCAGUGAUCCUUCAGGCUUCAAAAGUGACAGAGAUCAUGUUUCUCAAUCAGAGUUAUCAAUCAGAAAUACUAGUCCAUCAACUCAAGCUGAAGGCAUAAAUUUAGAUAGAGGAGAUAAAAACCAAAAAUUCAGCGAGUCCUUCAAGUCAUUUGGCAGUUCAGCUUCGUCAGACUUGCCAACCUCCUCUCCUGCAUCUAUCUUUGCUUUUGGUGCUUCAGUUCCUAGUUUAAACAAUGGUUCCUUGAAUCCUAACCCACCCGCAAUGUUUGGUUCUGGUAUCCCAAAUUCUGGUGGCCAAUCAGGCUUAAAUUUAUCCUCUAGCAAUUCCGCACCUAGCAGUUCAAGCAAUGUAUCAUCAUUCUCGUCUACAGCAGCUGUGUUUUCCACAGGUGCUGCAUUCAAAUUUGGGUCUGGUACGUCAAUUAGCUCUUUCUCUUCUGCUUCUACAACACUGGAAGCAGUCAAGACACCUGUAUUCAAAUUUGGGUCUGGUACGACAACCAGUGCUUCCUCUUCAAUUUCUACACUGGAAGCAAGCAAAACACCUACAUUUAACUUUACUAGUACCUUUCAAGCGUCUGCAGCGAACACAGAAAGCAGUAGUUCCACGGGAAGCAACGGUUCAUCUACUUCUUUGACAUCAUCUCCAUUCUCAAGUGCAAACAUUAAUUCUGCUACCUUGACCACAUCAUCAGCAUUCUCUAGUGCAGGCACUCUGGCAGCGUCAUCUCUAUUCACCAGCACAAUCAGUGGAACUGCUGCACAGGCAGGACCAUCUUUAUUCUCGAAUUCAGGCAGCAGUUCAUCUGCUCCGAUCUCGUCAGCUGUGCCUUCAACCACAUUUGGAAGUCAUUCCCCUUUGUCAUCUUCCUUCCCAUUUUCAAGCACAGGAAAUGGAAUAUUUGGUUUUGGGGCUUCUGCUCAGUCUAGUGAUUCAAGCUUAACAUUGUCUAGCACCAGUUCUCAGAACACCAGUAAUUUUGGUGCCGCAGCAAGCCCAAUUUUUGGUGUCCAGGGUACUUCCUCAGCAAGUGGGAUCUCAAAUCUUUCACAGAGCACUGGCCAACUCAGUUCAUUUUCUUCGACACCAUCUUUUGGAAUGACUGGUUCUCCAUCAUUUGGUUUCGGUACCUCACCAUUUGGGGCUGCAGCUUCAAGCGCCAAGCCUUUCAGUUCAAGUUCUGGGUUUACUUUUUCUGCUAGUGCUGGUUCUUCCAGCGCUGGCAGCAGCUCUUCCUUUGCAACCUCAGCUGCUGGUAUGUUCGGUUUGACUUCUCAAUCAUCAUCAGCAUCCCUCAGUACUGCUUUUGGGUCAAGUUCACCUUCUGCAGGAUUAACAUUUGGAAUGUCAGCACCUGCUUCGGGGGGUUUAACUUCAAUUUUUGGCUCAUCAACAGGGUCUGUAUUCUCAUUCAAUUCUGCUGGUGCAGCAUCAACGACUGCUUCUGCACAGCCUUCCUUUGGUGUAUCAGCUGUGGCCAGUUUUGGCUCAGGCUUCCCACAAAAUGAUCAGAUGAAUGUUGAAGACAGCAUGACGGAUGAUGCAGUCCAACCUACUGUUUCAACAGUCCCAACAUUUGGCCAACCGGCUAAUUCUCCAACACCACCCAGUUUUAUGUUUGGUUCAGCUGCAGUUCCUACUGGUGGGCAACCUGUUUUUCAAUUUGGUAGCCAGAACUCUGUUCCGCCGGGUGCCAAUUCUUUCCAACCAUCUGGCACUCUUGAGUUUACUUCAGGAGGAAGCUUUUCUUUAGGCAGUGGUGGUGACAAGUCUACCAGGAAAAUUGUUAGAGUACGACGCAACAAACCAGGCGCCAAGAAGUAAAACAUAGAAAUCCAUCUCAAGCAACUAAUGAUCUAUUUCUGGUAAGACCAGCAUUAUUAGCUGGGUGUUAUCUUGACUAGGAUUUGCAUGGAAAAUAUCUAAAUGCUGUCAAGUACUUCCAAGUAUCAUUGCCUGACUGUUUGGUUACCAACGGAAAUCAAUUAUUUCUUGGGCGGUUCUUUUCUCAUGCUCAUCCUCUUCACCUUUUCUCAUGCUGCAUGCUUCUUGCCUAUAUGGUUGCAAUUUUGGUCAUCUUUAAUGAGUCUUUGUUGCAUCAUUGUGGCGUCAGCUGUCGGGCCCUUGCGCAGCUGGUGAGCUCUCUCACUCAGUUGGUUCAUGUACCAUACUCCGAUAUGUUCUCCAGUCUCUUGAGUGUAGUCUGUGUGGCAUUCCCGAACUCUCUGUAACGUAAGCCAUUGCAAGCCAUCUUACGGUGGGUGCACUGCUUGGUUGAAAGUUCAAAACUCUUUAUCAUCUUCUAGUAACAAUAUUCUUCUGGCAAUUAAUAAUGCUUCUUCUCCUAUCAUUUAUGCU